AUGGAAAAAGGAGCUGGCGGCCGUUCAGGCCAGGGCAACCAGCAGCUGACCUUCUGGAAGUGCGGGCACUGUCUCUGUGGAAAGAACUUGGGGAGCUACUGGUUCUGCAAGCACUGCAAAGCGCCGAGGCCCGAGCCCAGUGAUCCCGAGCUCGACCGUUUGGGAGCUUGGGCGAACGGGCCGCCAGCCCUGCAGCCAGGACCCCAGCCGAUCCCGACUGGGGAGGCGCUCAGCGAGGAGGAGCUCGAGCGCAUGGUGUCCUUGGCCAAUCGCUUUGGUGAUGUGGCCGCAGCCAGCCAGUACAAGGUCGCGCUGGAGCGGCUCCGCGCGGCCAACAAAGUGCCAGAGGAGAAGCCGCUCCAGCAGAGGGCCACCGCAGCCCAUCAGCGAGCUCAGUUCCUCGAGAAGAAGCUCAACGGCGAAAUCGACAAGUUGGAGAAGUGGAGAGCCUGGUGUCAAGAGAAGGCAGUUGCCCAACAGCUCUCGAGCGAGCUCGAGGAGGCCGACGCGCAGCACAAAGUUUUGGUGGACCAGUUGCACAGCUCAGUGUGCGAUACGAAGGUGGUUACUCCUCAGCCUGCUGGGCUUAAGCUUCGCGAUAUUGUGGACGGCAAGCUGGACGGUCUCGAGUUCGUGGACGCUGGGGAGAUCUUCAGCGUGCCUGAGGACGAGUACGUGGUCACAGAAGGCGACAAGCAGAUUCUGCGCGACAGAACGAACGAGUUCAAGGCACACAUCGCCAGGGUCACCAAGGAAGCCUUCGGCGGUAUCAUCAGCCAGUUGGACACUAUCAAGCAGCAGCACGCGCAGCACAUGGAAAGAGCAGGCUGCAGCGGCACCCGCAUGAGCGCGCAGGGGGGCGGCAACCAGAUGGGCCAGCUGUUGGGCCUGAGCAUCAGCAUCUUCUACCUCAUCUGA